AUGAUGUCAACACCGCAGCCGUACCCCACGGUGGCCAACAACACGCCGGCGCCCGAUGACGCGCAGAUCGAGUCCAAGAUGCCCAGCAUCUGCGUCGACUACCUCAGUCACCAGUGGACCGACGAGGACGUUUGGAGCAGCUGGAAGGCCAUGACGAAGCAGAAGGACAAGAUUGCCAACGGCGUCCGCCUCGAAAACGCCAGUUGGAGGACGUGGGCGAAGCAGCGAGGCAAGUUGAAGACCAUUAGCCCAGAGACUCUCAACUGGCUCAAGGACAGUGACGUGACCUGGCUCUACGGACCGCUCCACGAGCACGCCGAUCCGGUACCGCCGCCCAGGCAGGCGACGACGGCGGACCGGCUUGAUCUCGACGAUGGCCAUGCGGUGCGGUCCAUCCUCAAGCACCGCACCAUUUCCGAGCUUCUGACGACCCCGGGCAGAGCUGCUUCGCCCGGCGUCGAACUCAACGUCAACCCCAUCGACGCGCAUAUGGAGGCCGAAGACGCCAAGGCGGAGGAGGACAACCGCGGGCUGCUCUUUUCGGUCAAAUCCGACUCGAACCUGGUCGGCCAGAACACCAAGCGCAACGUCGGAUCGCCGGUCGGCUUCGCGCUGCCGAUGCAGGACGAGCGGCAGUCUUCGCUCGCGCGGACCGAGAGCACGGCAUCCGAGGACAAGCGCCACAUCAGCUUCAACCACCGCGUGGAGCAGUGCAUCGCGCUCGAUCGCAACGACACCGACUACGACGACUACAGCGAGGACGAGGAGGACGACGACCGCGACGACGACGAGACGAGCGAGGAAGAGGAGGUGCUGACGAUGAAGUCGAGCCCAAGGGUCUCGCCUGCCAACGCUUUCACGUCCAAGAGCCCCGAACACCCCAUCAUUGCCAAGCUGGCGCCCACCAGCCUCAAGACGUCCGAGACGUAUCCGGCCCCGUCCCCCGCCGUCGUCGACCCGACCGGCUUCCUCAACUCGCAGCCGGGGUCCGCAGCCGCCGCCGCCUCGACCUAUCCGGGCAGCUACGGCCAUGCUCCCGAGGUGGUCAGCACCGCCGGCGAUCCGACCGCUCGCGGCGUGCAGUGGGAUGUCGACGAGGACUUUUCCGGCGACUUUGACUACUUCAACGGGCCCGACCUGGUCGACGGCUCCGGUGACGGCGGCAGCGGGCCGGACAGCGGGCCGGUCUUCAACACCGGCGACGCAUCGAGCAGCCCGGACGCCACGCGAAGCUACACCAGCUACUUUGACACCAGCGACUCGAAUCGGCCGGACGCGGCGUCUUCGGCCUCUUCGUCGUCGUCAGCGGCGCCGCAGGAGACUACAUUUGCUCCCUCUGCCGCGGAGCCGCCAUCGGGCGCCGUCGCCAGCGUCGGUCCGCGGGGCAUUCUCAAGAAGCGGCCGGUGCCUUCAUCGGCGCAGGACGACUUUGACGGUCGUCUGCCGAACGACGGCAGCGAUGGGCUCGCCUCGUCGCAGACCGACUCGACGGGAUCCUUCGGGGACGGCGGGGGCGAUGCCUCGAGGAACGAGCGUGGCCGCACCUCGCAGCGUCUGGGCAGCUCCGCCUCGUAUGAGCGGAUUCAGGAGGCGGCGAGGUCCAGCCGUCCGCGGAGCAACUCGGGCGGCAGCACGGCGUCGUCGCACAGCCCCAACGGCGUCAACGGCAGCUACGACGACCGGUACACCGCAUCGACCCUCUCGAGCUCGCCGAAUGCACAUCGUGGGCCACACCCCAACGACGGCAACGACGGCGGGCGAGAUUCCUUUCGGAGCAGCAGUGACGUCGCCAGCAAAGAGGCGCAGGGGUAUGCUGGAGGAACAGGUCGAGAGUUUGGCGAUCGAGGAGCCGCUGGCGUUGCAUCAGCAGCUGCAGCAGGCGCAGCAGGCACCGCGGCCGCCUCAGUCGCCGGACUCGGAUCCCGAGGAAAGGCAGGCAAGGCGGGCUCGUCUGCAUUCCGAUCGGGUGGCGGAGGCGCCCUAGACUCGGACUCGUCGGACGGCCAUGCCUCGUACGACCUGGCGAGCCCAAACUUUCCCGCCAGCCCGCCGCCAGACGGGCACGACGAUGACCGGUCGCCGCACGACCGGGACGGCGACGGCUUCAUGUACGGCGACGAGCGCAGCUACUGGUCAGACGACAAGCCAUCGUCGCGCAGUGCAAGUGCUGCUUCCGCCGCCGGUGGCAGCGGUGGGGGCGGUAGCCUUGCCAAGAAGGGCGGUGCCAAGGCCCCCGGCACGCCGUCACGCACGCACCCUGCCGGCACCAAAACGUCGACGGCAGCUGCGACGGCCGCAGGCGGGGCGGAACUGAGCGUCGACACGGAGAAUGUGCCCAGCAACGCACCCACGUCGACCGCCGAGAGCCCCGGCGGCAGCAGCUCGAUCCAGGUCGGCCCUACGCCGCUCAACACGCCCACCUUUAUCCUGUCCAAGGCAAGCGGCAAGCGGCGGCCCACGUCGUCGUCGUCGUCGUCCAACGAUGCCAUCUCGGGCGGCGGGCCCAACUCGCCCACGCUGCCGAGGCGGACGAGCGCCACGGGCGCCCUCGUCGCCCCGCACAACUCGGAACCGCGCGUCCCGCUGGCCCACGACUACGUCGAGGAGGACGAGGGCGGCAUCGUCGGCCGCGCCGUCGAGAUUGUCAACACGGCCAGGGACCUCAUCGGCGCUCUGCUCGGCACGGGCGACCGCGGAAGGUCGUGGAGAGAGGGCUAG